CGAUCUAAUACUAUAAUAAUUAUAAAUUAUGUAUGUUUCGAAGUUUCUCUCUGCUGCAUAAACUGCCCAACACAAACUUAUAUUGAUCCACCACCUAGUCCGGCACGAGCUGAAAAUAAAAUACACGUAUGACGUAUCUCGCGGUGUAUUGGUUUGAAUUUGUUUGUCUACAAAUUACAAAUUCUAGAUCCGAUGGAUUAACACAAAUUAGCAUGGUUUUUCAAUAGUACAACUUUGGCUCCUAGCCUCCUGUUAAUAUACGUUAUUGACAAAUCGCUUUUUUUUAUUUUUUUAUAAGCUUUGCGAUACUACCGUUGUGCUGGAUGCCUGGAUUAUAAUAUUAUAAUUGUUACCAUGCGACAAUAAUUAUGAUUUAUGACAUAACAAAAUUCGUCAGUAUUUUUAACAACUAAUGAAAAAUUUAAAAAACUAUUGCAAAACUGAUUAACAAAUAACAGAAUAAAAUUUGAUGGAAAUUAUAAUUUUAAACUUAUAUAAUUUGGAAUUGUUCAAAUAAUUAAUAAUGAUGGAAGUAGUUUAUACAUUUUGUACUAGUAUUUUCGACCACAUAUUUGGGUACUUAGAAUAUAUUUUGCUUAAUGGCAGCGGAAAUAAUGUUCCACUGAGCGCUAGUACUACGGUUCUUUCAAUGACUGAAAUAGAAUCUCCAGAAAGAAUUCAAAUUGACAAGAAUGAAACGUGCCGAAAAAUGCAAAAUGAUGUUCAUAGUCCUGGAAUCAAUAACAGAUUUAAAAAAAAAGAAACUUUGCAGAAAAAAAUCAAUUUCGAAUUUGGAAACACAGAACCUGAGUGUUAUUAUAAUAAUAUCGAAACACUAAAAACAGCCAUGAAUAGUAGUGGUUUAUACUAUGGAAUAUUCUAUGAAAAUAUGAAAUGCAAUGAAACAAAAAUCAUAGAAGACGAAGCGAAAAAGUUUCAUUUUUUUGAAUCCAUGGGCCGAGAUAUAAUGGGAACUGGGAAGAACUCGACAAUCUCGACCAAAACUCAAAAGCGCAUUGAUUAAUAAUUUUUAAUGUAUAAUAUAUAAUAUAUUAUAAUGUUUAAUGUAUUGACUAUUGAUCAUUA